UUUCGUCUGUACUCUGAGAUGAUAUGUUGAUACUGUAUUCUAUGGCUAUGAUUGAACUUACAUUUAUCAUUGAAAAAAAAUAAGUAAAAAAUAAAUAUUCAAAAAUUGUGUACGAAAACCAAGUGUUUAAGAACGUGAAGUAAUAAAGCUUCCGCCUUCCUGAUCAACUCGUUUUUUUUAUAAACGAUUCAAUGGCGCCUAUUGUAAAAAAUAUAUUACACACUGGGCAAAAGUAUAUACCUAUUACAGAUGGUAGUAAGGCUCACUUUCAUUUCCAAACUUGGAAGCUAGGCAAAGAAAGAAUCCUUGUCGACGAUAGUAAAAAGAUUGGUAAAAAGGAGCCAAUGGUAUUAGUAAUUGGUCACAAAUUUAAAUUAGAGGUUUGGGAAACUAUAGUCAAAAUGAUGGCAGUUGGAGAAGUCUCUAGUUUUAUUGUGCAAAAGGAGCUGGUUUAUAGUUAUCCAUUUGUUUCUAAAACCUUAAGAGAACUAGGACUAGAGCAAAAAGUUAAACAUUCAUGCACAAUGACUUUGCAUACAGAAGGCAUUGGAUAUCCUGAUCUAGAUGACUUAAUAAGUAAUCCCUGCAAUUUGGAGUUCAUUAUAGAACUGUUGCAAGUUGAGAAGUCGGAUGAAUAUGAGAAGGAACUCUGGCAGCUCAAUAUAGAACAAAGACUGAAGUUAGUACCUGAACUAAAAGAAAAAGGAAAUAAGUUAUAUGCUGAAAAACAUUACAGCAAAGCUGAGGACUGUUAUGGACAGGCACUGGCUAUUCUGGAGCAAUUAAUGAUUAGAGAGAGAAAGAAAGAUGAGGAAUGGAUAACUCUUAAUAACCUAAAAUUACCCAUUCUUCUAAACUAUGCACAAUGCAAGCUUCUUAAAGAUGAUUAUUAUGCAGUUUUAGAGCAUUGUAAUACAGUUCUUGAACAUGACAAAGAUAAUGUCAAAGCACUAUACCGACGCGGCCGUGCACACGUUGGUGCUUGGAAUCCUGAGGAAGCAGAAAAAGACUUUUUGCGAGUGAAAGAACUUUGCCCUACUCUAGCUGCAGGCAUUAAUAAGGAGCUGGAUAAUAUUCGAUCGCUAAAAAAAGAGAAAGCUGAAAAAGACAGAGAUGCAUUGAGGAAAAUAUUUGAUAGGGAACGUGAUGAAACAUAAUACAAGUUAUUGUUGCAAACAAUUGCUGUUGUGUGUUGAAACUAGAUGGCGUUGCCCAUAUAUUAAUUAAAAGUGCAAUAGCAGCAGUGAAUUUAAAAAAUAAUAGUUUUUAUGAGUUUUUUGAAAGCUCUGAAAUUUUUUUAUAUACUAGGAAUACAUUUAACUUAAUUUGUCUAUAAAGUGAAAUAUUCUAACUUUUUAUUAGCUAUUCUCCAUGGCUAACAUUUUACCAUAGCAACAUUUUUUAUUCAUGCUCUGCUCCUUUUGUUGAAUGUCUGUUUUUAUAUAAAUAAGCCUUUAAUAUUUCUUAAAGUCCAUGCAACAAAAAAGAAUAUUUUUGACAGUAGUGCAUACCGGUAUUCGUAAAGUUCCUGAGAUUAGGUUGUUCAACCAAAUAAAUUUUGUAGCUUAAAAAUCUAUGUGUUUUAGUUUUUAGACUAUUCUGUAAAUUUGUUGUUUGGCUUUGUUUGUAAUUGUGGCAAGAUAAGGAUUUACUUUUAUACUGUUUCUAUGUAGAGAAAAUUAUAUUUAUUACAAAAAGAAAUUGAAUUAAUGUUCUUCCUGUUUAUCUAUAGGUAUGAAGCAUUUUUAUAGAAACAUAAUUUGUGAUUCAUGUGUAUUAUACUGUAGAU